AUGGCUAGGAAUACGAGGCGAAAUGAUGCAGCAGAACUUCGGAAAUCAUUAUUAGAAUGUCCAGUUUGUCUCCUUGAAUUUGAUGAAACCGACCAAAAGCCGAGAUUACUGCCCUGUCUUCAUGCUGUCUGUGACCGGUGUCUUCAUUUACUUCGUGAGAAUGGCCGUAUUCAGUGUCCUAAAUGUAGAUCGGAACAUCCAGUGGAACAGAACUUUGCAAACAUUCCUUUUGACAGAACCAGACGAUCUUUAGCAACAUUUGUCAAAGUCGACCUGAAUUUUGAAAUAACUUGUGAGAAUUGUGAAAACCGAAACAAAGCAACACAUAGAUGUCGUGAAUGCGAAAUAUUUUUCUGCGAAGACUGUGUUAACGCUCAUCAGCGGAUACGAAGUUUUAGAAGAAGACACACGGUAUUUAGCCUCCAAAGGAGUCAAAACGAAGAAUACACCGUUUCGGAUUUCGCUAGUCAACAAUUUUGUGAAGACCACGAAGAUCAAAAGUUAUCUUUCUAUUGCUGCGGACUCAGGUGUGGAACACCUAUAUGCCAAACCUGCUAUACCUUAAGGCACAGUCAGGGGUCAGACCACGACGUAAGAGAUAUUGGGGAAGUAUACGAAACCGAAAAAUUGAAGUUGAUGGAUUUAAGUGGGUCUGUGGAGAACCGAGCCAAAGAAGCUGAACGUAUUGAAGUAACUGUUAAACAGGCCCAACGAGAGCUAACAGACAACACACAGAAAGCUAUUAGUACUGUCAACGAAACAUUCGCUAGCUGUAUCCGAAUUCUAGAACGGCGCCAAAAGCAUCACAUACAGACUAUUCGGGAAAAAUUUGAUCAGAAGCACAAGAUGUUAGAGGAACAAAAACAUCAGCUGUUCUCCUACACAGACUGUAUCAGGUCUGAUAAUGACUUCUUCAGACAGACACUGACUGCGGAAAACAAAGCAGGGUUUCUCACAAUAGCACCUUCCAUUGCCCAAAAGUUCAAGCUCCUGCGUGACCAAUCAAUCGAUAAAUAUCCGAUCCAAACUGCACACAUAACAUUUGAAAAGAAAAAUAUGAUUGCUGAUUUUACCACCUGCGUGCAAACGCUAGGUGAUGUAAUGGCAAGUUUGAUUUGUGUUCCAAAUACGAAGAUGUCGGUACCUUCCGCUCCUCGACGAAAUGCCGACUACAGCAUCGAAGUACAUCUCUUUGACAAAGACCACAAUGUUGUUACACUAGAUAACGAAAACGUCACAGUCACAGUCAAAUCUCCCAACGGUGACGUCACUCUGGCUACCUGCGUCAAAAGGGACAAUAUAUACAUUUUACCAUGGAGACCGCUAUUGGAAGGCAAUCAUAUUGUUACCAGUCUUGUUUUUAAUGGAAAAACGGAGCUUGCACGGCAGGAGGUGAAUGUUGAUUGCGAUCCGGCAGAGAAAAGCCCAGCGGUAGCAACGCUGCACAGUAUAUUCCCUAAUGUCUCCAUAGAUGGAAUCGUUAGUUGUCUGCUGGCAGAGGGAGGAGAUGUGGAAAAGGCAAAGGCUAUUUUGAUACAAGUGACAAGUUAUCAGCAGAAGAAACAGCACGAAGAGGUGAUAUCACCAGACCGAUAUCGUUCACUAACCCUUACCCUGAGUUUCCUCUGCCCCUGA